AUGAUGGGUAUGAAAGCUAUUGAAGCUGCUCGAGUCUUUGUUGAAGAGACUGGUAUUAGUGAUAAGUUAACUGCUGAAGAGUUCCUUGUGGAAAGAGAGGAUAUGUUGCGGAGCAUGUUCCCCAGCAGUGAACUCAUGCCAGGAGCAAGCCGUUUGAUUAAGCACCUCCAUGAAAAGGGAGUUCCAAUUUGUGUUGCCACCGGUUCUCACCAGAGGCAUUUUGCGUUGAAAACACAAAGGCAUGGUGAACUGUUUUCAUUGAUGCAUCAUAUAGUUAAGGGUGAUGACCCAGAAGUGAAACAAGGGAAGCCGUCGCCUGAUAUAUUCCUUGCAGCUGCUAGACGAUUUGAGGGUGGACCAGUUGAUCCACGUAAUGUUCUUGUCUUUGAGGAUGCUCCUUCAGGUGUCCUUGCUGCUAAAAAUGCUGGAAUGUCGGUGGUCAUGGUACCAGAUCCAAGGUUGGACGGUUCAUACCGUAAAAACGCUGAUAUGGUCUUAAGCUCCUUACUUGACUUUAACCCAAGUGAUUGGGGUCUGCCUCCAUUUGACGACUAG